AUGUGCCUUGCAUCGGAUGAGUCAGGUUACGGCAACAUAGUUCCUGCGACGACACCAGGCCGUGUACUAACUAUACUUUAUGCGUUCAUUGGGAUUCCAUUCGCUGUUUUGACGCUGUUCGCCCUAGGGGCUAUAUUCGCUCGAAUUUGUAAACUGCUUUGGAAACUCGUAUUGAAAUCGACGUCGAUGGUCCAUAAGGAUUUGGGAAAAAAGGCAAGUGUGAACGCUGCUGUAGGAUUCGAUGAGGGCGCCCAAAUGUCGCAGUCUUCUUCUUCACUCGAUGACGAGGACCUUCUAUCUUUUCCGAUUUCCUUUCUUGUCUUCUUGACUAUACUUUGGGUACUCUUUUGUGCCUGGAUAUUUACACUUUUUGAAGACUGGAGUUACGGUUUAUCGUUGUACUUCACGCUUAUAUCGUUCACAACAAUUGGCUUCGGAGACGUUUUACCCUCCGAAUAUGACUACAUAAUACUUGUUGGCUUCCUGCUGCUUAUUGGCCUCUCGUUAGUCUCCACUGUACUGACGCUUAUUCAACAGCAAAUUGAAGCUCUCGCUUCAGGCAUGCAAGCGAAUAUCGACCGUGAGUAUAUGAAUGCUCUUGCGGAAGCAGCGGAUGAAGGGGCAAUUUCCGACGCUGAUUUCAAGCGAAUGCAUGCUGGUAACAACUCUAUGGAAGGACUGGAUAUCUCAGAGCAAAAAGAGCUUGAUCCCCGCUCAAUGGAUGCCGUUAUUUCUCGAAUGCCUCUCAAGGAACGUCUUCUCUAUCGAGUUAUGCCGGCAUCAGCUAAGAAGAGACUUAAUGAGAUCUCUGACCAGAAAUUGAGAAGGAAGAAUAAAGGCUUGUCAAACGGACAUGUUCCUUCUGGAGGUUUGUCACUUAAAAACAUAAAGGGGCAUAAUAAAAACAAGCAUUUUUUUUGUAAUCAAGCACUUCUCCAUGAAGAAAUUCUGAAAAUGGAAUUGAACAACGAACUUCCAACUCGUCAAGUGUCCGUGUCACCAAGUCGUGUGGUUGGCACCGGUGUACGUGUCACUCACAUUCAUCCUGUGACGGUCGAAGAUAACACCCCACAACCAACCGUUAAAACGACGGCGAUUAGAGAAGAUGAGGUCUAA